AUGCCGAGUCAGAUCAACGUCGGCACCGAAGGUCAACCGAUUUGGGAAGAGCUUGGACUCCCCAACUCCAUCGUCAACAUGCCGAUGGAGCGCUUCCGGUUCCAUGCGGGGCUAUGCAGCUGGACAGAGCGCACAAAGACCUUGGUGAUCAAGGCGGGCCUUAAGAAGCUGUACGGGGAUAAUCUCCAAAACAACACUGUCAGGGCCUUCGGACGAGAUCUUACUACUAAAGAGAUCAACGAGAUCAAAAAAGGCGACAACGCAGUAUUUCCAAUAGAAGGCGAUGUUGUUCCAGCGACUCCAAAGGCCGCCAAGAAGUAUAGGAGCAAAGGCGCAGCUAGGCCCACGAAGCUAAAGGGAAAUGCCAAGGAGGAUUCCCAAGUCUCGGAAGCGAAAGAACACCACUGA